GUCUUGUCAAACAGAUUUGUUGUUUAUCCAACAUUGGAAAAUCUCAACAGUUUGUUGUGCAUUUUACCUCAGAAAUUUCAAUAAUUCCGUGUUUUUUUAACGAUAAUUUAGGAUAAAUUAAAUUUUUCAAGCACUAGCCCUCACAGAGCAAAAUGGAAAACCCUCUCUUCGGCACCGCUCACCUGCUGGACGAAGUGGACAAAAAACUAAUGGUCCUGCUGCGGGACGGACGCACACUGAUCGGCUACCUGCGCAGCGUGGACCAGUUCGCGAACCUGGUGCUGCACCGCACGAUCGAGCGGAUACACGUGGGCAACGAGUACGGGGACAUCCAGCGGGGCGUGUUCAUCAUCCGGGGCGAGAACGUGGUGCUGCUGGGCGAGAUCGACCGCGAGAAGGAAAACAACCUGCCGCUGAAGGAGAUCUCGGUGGAUGAUAUUUUGGACGCGCAACGCCGGGAGCAGGAAGCGCGCCAAGAGAAGCACCGGCUGAUUUCGAAGGCACUGAAGGAGCGAGGGUUGAACGUGAACUCGGAGCUGACGCAGGAUGAGUUUUGAGCGAGGGCAUUUUAUCAUACGUUCUCAUCGAGAGAACAGUUUUUUUUGUUCGUUUAUUUUAAUAUCGUUUGCGUACAAUAAUAAUUAAUAAAAAUCUAUAUUGGUAUCGUG